GCUCCGCCAUUCACAGAGAAUCACAACACAAGGAAGGAGAGAGAGAGAGACGAUGAUACCGCAGCAAUGGGGUCCUCCCUGCAAUCACGAAUGCACGCACAAGUACGCAGCCCUUAUGCAGAUUCCAUGGCGAGUAUUUUGCAAGAAAGGGUGUGACACUGAUGGAGAGACUUGGGAAGAAUGCUUGGAGGAGUGCAAUGAGAUAUGUUACAAGGAUCCUGUCUUAAAGGAUCAACAAUGGAGUGCUUGCAUUGACCGUUCUCCUGGAGUUGAAAGGUACUCAGAGGAAUGUUUUCACGCUUGCGUAUCUGGCUGUGGUUACAAGUUUGACAAACCUCCAGACAUAGCUGAUAAAGUUCGCCCAAACAGGCCACCUAAGCCUCCCCCUGUACCAAAGCCAGCCUCACCAAUUGUUGAAUCCAAAGCAACGGCUGAAGACAUACUUGGGACUUCUGCAUAGUCACAGACAGAUCUAAUUAUACAAUAAAAUGAAUACCAACACCUUAGUUAGCGGAAUAGUCUGCAGAAUCUACAUGCCUUUCACAUCAACUAACAUCUGGGUUUCCAGAAUUUUUGACGGGGAAGAACACCUUCGAAAUGUGAACUGUAACUGGAUCCCUUUCUAUUCUAUGAAAGAUAAUUUGAUGGAUAUUUAUAUUCUUGCAAGAUGAAUAUAGUAUGUUUCAGAGUG